UACAGUCUAUUUACUGUCGUUCAGCUAGUGCCAUUUAGCAAUUAGCACGGCCCUCUAUAGCAGAUUAAUUGUAAAUCUGUUUGUAUACAUGUAUGCUAAAAAUAACCGGGUAAAAUCGAGAAGGCCUAUGCCAUUCUACAUGCCGCUGUAUUUACACACCAAGACGGUCUUAGCGUAAUUUCGCGAGUUAAACAGCAUACAGGUUAAAGUUACUUUAUAGAUCUGUGUUCGUAAACUCUGUUGUUUAAAUUGGAUAUUAAGGUUAAAGUCGACAAUACAAAUAUUGGAAUGUUGUAUAGCAAGCUAGUUAGAUAGUUCCCACUGAAGUCCCAGCCACGCUCCGGAUCGAUGGACCACGAGCAACACAUAGCGGAUGCGUUCGCCAACAUCCACAAGCACGAAUGGCAGGUUGCGCGCGCAGCUCUGAGCUCUUCAAAGCAUGAGGAGGAAAUAGUCUACGUGCUCAUGAGGAUUGUACGGUUCGUGUACGACAUGUGUACAGAGGACGCUUGGGUACACCGUCAUACCCACAAACACUCGCCGUCACAGGAUGACCUCGAGGAGUUCCUGGAGAAGCGACUUCCGCGAACCCUGCACAAGGAUCAAGUCACGAAGCCCGUCCGCUCGUUCAUCGAAGCCUGCAUCAAGCGUGUGAGCGAGAUGACCGCCAUCAAACAGCCGGUGACCAUCUACUGGCUCCCAAAGGGCGACCCUAUAGAGCAUGAGAAGUUCGAGCUCGAUGGGAAAGCCACCGGACAUUUAUGCGAUUGGACAGUGUGGCCGGCGGUGGUGAAAAGCGACGGGACGCUGCUCAGGAAGGGUGUAAUUAUCCCUAUAUAACGUGAACUUCCGGCGCUCAAAGACCGACUUCCGCUAGCUAGUUGGCCAGCAUUCGGUUUAUUUACAGGAGUUCUUGAUGGAUGAAAACAUUCCAGCUGAGUGAUUAGGGGCUGUAGACAUGUGUUAUACACAAAAUUGCACACAGUGACCGAUUUAACGUACAUAUUGGUUACAUGGUUUACGUUUUUCUACCCUUAUACAUUAUUUUAUGUGCACUGAUGUUAAGGACACAAAACGCUGUUUAUUGCACCCAUGUAUACGUAGUAGUAUGCGGAUUAAUUUUAACUGGUACUUGUUCAUCACUUAGACGAAUUUACUCUUUUUUUGUCACAGAUUCCAGGCAAAAAAGAAUAUACAAAAAUUCGGAAUUAUGCAAUGGAUCAAAAGUAUUCCUACCCUUUAAACAGCAUUCAUGUUAUGCCGAAUUAUAUGUUCAAAUGGACAACAUUUUUUAUUUUGAAAUUCUAUCGGACGGAAGCAUGUGCUUCUGUUUAUUUCGUUUAAAUCGAUGGUAAAACUUGGCUCACACAUAUGAUAUAAUAUAAGAAGUCAGGUAAAAUAUACACAUGAGUUAUGUAGUUAUCAAGGGAAUUGUCUGUUGAUCCGUAGGUCUAGGGUCUAUAAAUCUUAUUAACUUCUUAACUUCUGAAGCUUUUAAAACAUGCAAAGUUAAAUCAUUAGAAAAUAUUUUUCAAGAAGUUCUAUAACUGUGACCAUUUCCUUUUUAUUUGCACAGUUUAUUGUUUAUUAUGUUUAAAUUUCUGACGUGAUAUAUUGUGUGUGCUGUAUAAUGCAGGAAAGCCGUUUAAACUUCUUCUAAGAUAUUGACUUGGAAAUGUCAAUUUAUGUUUUCGAUGCAUAUAACGACCGUUAUUGAAUAUUUAUAUUUAUAUAUUUAAUUUGUCUAAAACUUGGUAUCACACUCGGUAACUCUAUGGUAACAACCACACAGUGAUAGAUAUUGUUAUUAUGUUGGUAACCAAUAUCAAUGCAUAUGUAUACGUGCAUAUUAUGGAUGUAUUAUUUCUUUGGCGUCGAAUUACUUUAAACACUCUUUAUGACAGCCUUCUGUUCAUAAAGGUGUCAAAUCA